AUGAACUUUCCUGUAAUUUAAUUAUAUCAAAGAUUUUAUAUAGAGAGUAAUUUUAGGGAGGUCUAAAAUGUUGGUGUCAAAGUGUUUUUUCUAAUUUGUAAAUUUGCUAUAAUAGCAUUAGCAUAUUUUAUUACGUUUUGGAAAUGGUUAGAAAUUACAGUUGCAAUACCAUAUUUUUUAUAAAUUAUUGGUAGUCUUUUGAUAUUUGAAUCUUCUUAUUUCUAUAAAUAAGAUUAAGAAAAUAUGACAUCACCUUUUCCUUAUUCAUGA